AAAUGAAUGAACUCGUGAUACGGAAUGAAUAUAUACUCCCACUGUCGCUCCAAUCUUGUUCCAUGUGUAAGAAUGGCCAGCGUUUCAUUGAGCCUCUGUUCUGUUGAUAUUUGGCGGGAUUUGUCGCUACGUAAACCACCGCAGGAUUUGGCAUAAAGAUGGGAGCCAUGGAGACGGAGAGUGAUAUUGAGGAUGAUACGCCUGCCACGCCCAUCUUGACCGAGCCGGCGAAGCCCAAUCGGACCCUUCUGCAUUAUUUUCAAACCCGGAAUCCUCCACCAUUGGCGGCCCAUUCAUCGAAUCGCGAUGGAAAAACCCCGCGAGCCUUGAAAUGUGAUGAAGGACAAGCCCAAUCCCCGGAGAAAAGGAAGAAAAAAAGAGGUCGACCCAAGAAGAUAAUAGCAACCGUGGAACAGAGUGAGGGUACACAGCCAGAGGAGAAGGAGGAGGAUGUGGUAGACGUGAUAGAGGUUUUACCCAAGGCUAGGAAUCCGAUUAGUGGUUUUUUUAAGAAGGUGACUCGUGAUGAGUAUUGUCAGGACUUGGAAAGAGCUGCGUCCAAAAUCGUGAUCCAAGCCGAGAUCCAUUCCCCUAUACCAAAUUGUAGCCCCAAGAUUGAAGUGAAAGCCAAGGGCAGAAGAGGGCAGAGCUCCAGACUCAGUUUGGAUGCGGACCAAGUGAAUCGAAUUGAAGUGUUGGAAGAACAGGUGGAGGGAGUGGAAAAGGAGGAACCUACAUCACGCAAGAUUUCCUCCGCCUUGUUUAAGAAACGGAGAACCAUGAGACAAGAGAGUGAGAGCGCUCAAUUACCCUUGGAGGAUGUGUCCGUGGAUAUGGACUUCUUUGCCGGAGGUCAGCUUAGUCCGGUUUCAGCCGACCUCAAUGGACACACCAUCGAAAUGCCAGAGAGGAAUGGGCCAAGUCCCAAGAUGGAUGGGAUCCAAAUCUCGCCAGUUGAGAGCACCUCAAAGCCAGAUGGCGGUGAAGCCUCAUCCAUCAUUCAACAUUUAGACGACGAUGACCUCGGUUCCAAAGAGUGUUUUGAUUCCAAGAUUUUGGGUCUGAAAGGGAAAAAAGUCAAUAUUUCUCCCGCGAGUCCGCAAUUAUUUAAGAAACGACCCAAACGCAGACGUCGUGGAACCGGCGGGGCAGCAACGGGGGCCACGCGGUCGGGGGGAAAUUCUCACAAACAUCCCGUGAAUUAUGAUAGCGAUUCCCUGGAUGUCGAUAUCCUCUCCAAGUUGAACCCCAAAGAGUUUCAUGUUGGUCAGACCUCUUCCAUGGAAAUCGAUUUUGACAACAGCUCCUCAAAUGCGUUUUCGGUGCUCAUGAAACAGCCCUUGUCGACUGAGGCAGUGGGACCAAACACCAUAGAAGACGUCGAGACUUUGGAUAAUGGGCAAACUUUGGGAGAUAGAAUUGAUGAUGGGACAAGUUCUCGAGGCUCUGGAGGAAUGAGCACAUGUCAAUUGGAAGACAGGCCUCCAAACUCGAAACACAAGUCCCCGUCAAGUGACAAAGAGAAUAAAACCAAUCGACUCAACUCCGCCGUCAUGUCGACUCUGGCACCGCCCCCAUCAAGAACAGCAACGACAAAACCUCCAUCGCCCAGCAGCACACCCUCUUCCUCAGUCUUUGAGAAUGCAUUCACUAGACUCAUGACCACUAAGGUCUCUAUUAGCUCCAUUUCCAUCUCUUCCAUCGCAGGAACGAACUCCUCUCCAUCUACUUCAUCGUCGUGGUGCAAGAAGGCUAUGAAAACAAUUGGACUCGAACGAGAGAAAAAAGGAGAGGACCAGAUUAAAGUAGGCAACGAUAUUGGAACAUCCGAAGUGGUCAGGAAGAAGCGAGGGUUAAAGCGAAAGAAGAAACCCACGAUUAAGAAGAGCGAUGUACUAGACAUAGAAGUGGAAGACGUAGGGAGAGAAAUUGUAGAAAUUAAUGAAGAACCCCAUUUCCCGCCCGGAGAGGAUGCAUUUAGUGCCCAUAAAACAGAGAGGAGAGACACAUUAAAAGAUCUAGAGGACGAAAGUCACCUCAGUGAGCCCAGCCAAAGACGAUCCAGUCGCAUUUCGCGGAAUAGAGACACUAUCGAGAAAAGGCGUCAAGAGCAAGAAGAAAUGGAACGCCUAAUUGAUGAUGAGAUUAGCUCUCCGCGCAAGAGUAGAUCCAGAAAAAUUGACCACAAGAGAACCAUCACUGCUGAGGGUAACGAUUUUUCCAAUGACGGCUGCCUGAGUAAUGGCGAGGGCGAUGAUGAGGUCCGCAUCGAGAAGGUCGUUUUAUCCCCAGUCAAGAAGCAGAAAAAAACAGGCCCCAACUUGGCGCCUAUCUUCAUCAAAGGCCAAAAGGCCAAUGCCAUCCGUGUGAUUGAAGAUCCUGAGAAAGCUGCGGCCCGAAGGGCGUUUCUCAUGAGCUCUGCUCCUGAUGUGAUCCGCACCCAGCAGCAACAAAAGAACGUGGAUGAAUUGCUCAACUCCGAUUUGGGUUCGUCUCUUCCGUUUCCGAUUGUAAGUCACGUUCGUCAAUGUGAUGGCGAGGAUACGUUUUGGAAUUUAGAAAUGCCAAAGGCGUCACCAGAUUUGCUGAUGGGUGCCACUUCCCUCAAGGAUCCCUCAGAAUUGAGCCUAAGGACCUCCAAUAACACUGGGGAUGAUGGUUUGUUGGAUAUGGGACAAUUUACUUCUCUCGUCUCCAAAAUUGGAACGAGGAGAAACCAAGAAAACGAGAAGCAGACAAAUGAUCAUCCCGAAGCGGGUGGGCAACGAAGGAUGAACUCGUGGCAGAUCUAUCACUUUGUCAAAUCCUUAAAAAUGGCCAAUGAUGCGUUUCCCAUGCGGAAAAUCUUCCGCCGUUAUGUUGAACGGAAGAUAGAGGCCGAUACCUUGGAAGCCGAGGUGAGACGGAAAAACAUGUCCCUAAACGAUAUCGUUGAAGAGCGCUCCAAAGGUCGGGGAAGACUACGAAAGGCGCGAAACAGUGAUCGCCACCGAGGAGGCGAGGAUAAGGGCUUGAAGGAAGUCAAAUUCGAUGCCUCUCUCCCGAGUUCCAUGCAGUGGACCAUGAAAUACACCCCACAAAUGACAGAUGACAUGAUUGGCAACUUGGGUGUUGUGAGGAAACUACAGACGUGGCUUGAGGGAUGGAGGACCAACCGACCGCGACAUUCGGUCGGAAAAAGGUCAGAGAAGAGAAAGAAACUGGACUCGUCCUUUGUGGUGGAUGACUCGAGUGAAGGGGAUGGGGAUUCUAUUAGUAGUGAUGAUUUGACCGGCAGCGGAAGCGACGUCGAAACUGGAACCAAUCUGUGCAACACGGCCUUGCUCACCGGACCUACAGGAGUGGGAAAGACCAGCUGUGUAUACGCUUUAGCUCGACAGUUGGGUUUUAAAGUGCUUGAGGUCAAUGCUUCCUCGAUCCGAGGAGGAAGACAGGUGGUGGCCCAACUUCAAGAGGCCACUCAAAGUCACCAUUUAACGAAACAACAGCAGCAGCAAAAACAAAAAGAACAAGCCAAAACCCUACAGUCCGGCUCCAGAAGGGGCAAGAGCACCAAGAAUCAACCUCAACAGGAUUCUUGUCAAGGCGCGUCAGACUCUUCAACUCAUUUAAAACGAACGGCUCUCAUCUUGUUUGAAGAUAUCGAUGUAGUUUUUGACGAUUCGGACGACGGUUUUUAUGGGGCCGUGAACAACCUAAUCGCCACAACGAAGCGUCCAAUCCUAUUGACAACAUCUAAUCCUCAUUUUGUGCCCAAGAAGCUGUUCAAGUCAGCCUCUGUGUUGGAUUCGCUCCAGACAUUUGAGUUCAAACCCGUUGCUCCUCAGCUUGUCGCGAAUUACUUGCAACUAAUGGCCUUGGCCGAAGGCGUGGCAAUUGAUCCCGAGAGCAUAGCCUCGCUCGUAGCCCUCAACGGGGGUUUGAUAUCCAAAUCAAUACUGGACCUCCAGUAUUGGGCCACCUCCAAAGAUGGCGGUCCUCUGAUCUCGUGCACAGGAGACAUCCCGCCCCUGAUCUGUGGGGAUAAACUCAAAGAAGAAGGCUUGAGCACUUCAGAGGACAGUCUUGCAAAGCUGAUGUCAAUAAAUAAGCACCUGGUCUCCAAUGCUAAAACGAAGACGUCGUCGGGACAAAAAAUCUCCCAUUCUUCUUCGUCUCCCUCUCCAUUGGUGCCCGUAAACGAUCUUUUUGCCACAGUGAGGCCUUUCAGUGGUUGUGAUUUAGCCUUAAUGGGACUAAGAGAUGAACAGGAAGUGUCCUACGCUCAAACUGAGAAUCGAGUGCAAGAGUUCCGAAACAAUGUUGAGCAUCUGUGGCUUUGGGGUUACGGCGAUAUUUACGAGCAAAACUGUCACCUAUUUCUCGGGCUCCCCUCCGAACCAGCACCACCACCUUCAUCAUCCGGGCAAAAAAGGCCGUAUCCAUUAACAAGUGAUAACUCGGCCCUUGAACAAGAUGCCUCAUGCUCAGUGGCAGGAAGUAAAAAGAAGCGCUAUCGAAGGAUACAAGACUUUGCCGAUUUGGACAACUCUAUUUUCGCUUGCGAUUCUGAUGAAGAUGAGCCCGUGAAUGAGGCACGCUUCUUGACGGCAACGAACAAAUCGAGCUCUAAGGACGCAAAUAUUGCUGACAAAGAACCUCAUGAGGACCGUCCCAGACACGACGGAGAUGAGGGGGAAAGUAGUUGUGUCGGUGGAGAAAACCGACGUCCCAAUGGGACUAAUGAAACAGAAGAAAGAGAACAAGACUGCUCACUAAGCAAAGCAGAAAAAGUCAAAGCUCCCAAGACAAAGCUGGAAAAGAUGGCCUUUCAAAACGCUCACCAAGCCAUGAUGGCGCUGUCAAAUUGUGCCGAGGCAAACAGCCAUUUUUCAACCUUGGAGGACCGACCCCCAUGGUGGGUUUUGGACAACUCUUUGGCAGAUCAAAUGGUGAGAUCAUCUGAAAAACUUUUGGCAAGAGAUGAUGCCCCCUAUUCCCAAGCGAGUGUCUCAGCUUCCAUAGAAGCCUCAGUCCAACAGAUGACGCUCACCUUGGCCCGUAAGAGAGUUCAAGAUGUUGUGAAACAUAUCCAAGGUGAUGAGAUCAACGUUACCAGUGCAUCACACCCAUUGAUGAGGCGGUCCCUCGAGAGCGAACCGUCAUUAUCUCUCAUCAACGAUCAUCAUUAUCCGAUCUCCUCAAGCAGAACUACCCCCCUAUUGGAUCGUUUCCACUCGAAAGAGACUUUGAACACGUUCCUUUCAGAAUUGACCAUUUGUCCUCGGACUCAUCUAACUGACACCUUGCCCAUCAUUAGGGGCAUGGCUAGACUAGAAGAAGUUCGACGAUCGGGAGGUGGGGCCAAAAAGUCCAGGUCAGGGCGAUUUCUUCAUUACUUUGACGCCCAAGAACUCUACUUGAAGCCGAUCACCCUCAACUAUCUUUGCAAUUCUUUUCUUUAGAUCAAUUAAUAUACUCGCACUUAGUAAUCAAUAAGUCUCACAUAUCAUUCA